UGGAUAACGUUAUAUUCCUUGUAUGAUUUUGUUUUUGGUACACCGUGCACCGUUAAGUUACAAAGAUUAGUGCUCCGUUUCCCAGUUUCAUGUGGCGAUGGCGGGUGCGACUAUGCUCCACUCAUCGUCUCAAUCUCUUCUUCCCUCGCUGGCUCGUCGCUAUUCUCUGCUCUUCGAUAGCUGUUUCCAUUUCCGCCGCCUCAUGUCAACUGGCCGCCUCUUCCAUUCCAUAAACCCUAAUAAACCUUCACCGCUAGCCGUUCGAGCGCAGGCUAGGCGAAGCUUAUCUUCGAAUAAAGUCAAGGAUGAACUUGCAUCUCCUGCCGAUUUGUGUUUUGAGGGACCUCUGAAAAUUAUAGUAUAUCCGGAUCCUAUACUUAGAGCAAAGAAUAAAAGAAUUGGCACGUUUGAUGAUAAUUUGAAGAAGCUAGUAGAUGAAAUGUUCGAUGUAAUGUAUAGAACUGAUGGCAUUGGGCUGUCAGCACCCCAGGUUGGAAUUAAUGUUCAGCUUAUGGUAUUUAAUCCUGUUGGUGAGCGGGGUGAAGGAGAGGAAAUUGUUCUUGUAAAUCCACGGGUCACCAGAUAUUCCAGAAAGAUGCUGCCAUAUAAUGAAGGUUGCUUAUCUUUUCCUGGGAUUUAUGCUGAUGUAGAGAGACCAGAUUCUGUGAAGGUAGAUGCACAGGACAUAAAUGGGGCUAGGUUUACAGUUGGAUUGACAAGGCUUCCUGCACGGGUCUUCCAGCAUGAAUAUGAUCAUUUGCAGGGAAUUCUUUUCUUUGACCGAAUGUCUGAUGAAGUCCUAGACACUGUGCGGGAAGAUUUAGAGGCUUUGGAAAAGAAAUAUGAGGACAGCACUGGGCUGCCAAGCCCUGAAAGGAUAAAUACCCGCAAAAGAAGGCAGGCUGGUGCUGGAUUUGGAAAAUCAUGAAGAACACUGGAACUUGUGAGUUGCUGCAGUUUUGGAAUAUUAGAGAGUUUUCUUUUCUUGUCUAGAAUCCCUAGGUUUUAUAUUUUACCAACAUGUGAAACUUUUACUUUUUAUAUAUCAAGGUAACAUUAUUGGGCGAAGUACACAUUUUAAUACAAGUGUUUGCGCACUUUGUGAGCUAUUGGUUCAUUAUACCCUUAUUAAUUUUUAUUGCUCUAUGAUGUUUUUUCUUUUAUGAGUCAUUGAUACUCAGAUUGGAAAUAUUUUGUCUGAUAUAUUGCUGUAAUAAUAAUAAUUCCCUUAUUGUGA